UAUGAUAACUCCAUUCACCUCUCGAUACCAAACUUAUGAUAACUCUCACAAGAAACAAUUUUAGUUCAUGAUCUGAUACUUCAGACAAUCAUAAUCGAUUAUAACCCCUAGAGUCAGUUUUCGUAUGAAUCUUCUGUAUCCCCUUUCCUUUCCGUCGAACUUCGCCGGAGACAUCUACGUUUGUCGCCAAAGAUGAACCCAUGGAAAAGCGCUAAGCAGAAAGGUUGGAGCGGGAGAGGGCCGAAGCGAGCCUUCAGCCAAUUUGCCGCCAUGUAACUGUUGGCCCGGUGGCCCAUGGGCGGGUCUCCCUCAUUCGUGCCUUCGCGCCUACAAACGGGAGCGUGAUAGGGUUUCCACGACGCUCUUCCUUCCCGUGACCCACCCGGAUACAGAACUGGCGGAGGACAGACAGGAAGGCGAGCCUCGGAUUCCAACCAGAUGGGGAAGACCCAUGGUAUGGGAGCUGGGCGCAAGCUCAAAACUCACAGGAGGAGGCAGAGAUGGGCAGACAAGGCAUACAAGAAAAGUCAUCUCGGCAAUGAGUCGAAGAAACCCUUUGCUGGUUCCUCACAUGCCAAGGGUAUUGUCCUUGAGAAGAUAGGUAUCGAAGCUAAGCAGCCCAACUCUGCUAUACGAAAGUGCGCUAGAGUCCAGCUGAUAAAGAAUGGCAAGAAAAUUGCAGCCUUUGUCCCAAAUGAUGGUUGCUUGAAUUUCAUAGAAGAAAAUUGAUGAAGUCUUGAUUUCGGACGCAAGGGCCAUGCGGUGGGUGACAUUCCUGGAGUAAGGUUCAAGGUGGUGAAGGUCUCUGGCGUGUCCCUAUUGGCGCUCUUCAAGGAGAAGAAGGAGAAGCCUCGGUCUUAAUGACUAGAGCUUCCGGAUGAACCCAGUGAGUCUUUGUUUCACGACUCAUUUUGUAUGCCUCUUUGAAUAGUUUCCAGUGAACUGUUUGUUACAUGACGUUUCAUUGUUAUCCAUUCUUGAGAACUCAUCGACUUGUUUGAUCUA